AUGCUAAGGAUAAGCAACACCAUUGAAGAAGCGGUAACUUACGCCGGAACUUUUGAAUUUCCGUUACUCAUUGUCGUACACACUACUGUAUCAAAGCAUGCAGACCAUGCCCCAGGAGAUGCACCUAGAGUAGUGCAUAGCUCUUCCCCAUCAAGCUCACCUGUACCAAAUGACGACCCUACUAUUCCUACGCAGGACGCUGAACACACUCCCGACAAUUGCGGCGUAGAUGACGAUGCCGACCAAAACUGCACGCUUGAUGCGUUCCUCAAGACCAUGGGAAAGACAGCUAGUUGGGACUUUCCCCUUGGCAAGCUGAAAGGUGGCCUAGAGCAACGCGAAGCGGUUAUGGCGGUGCUCACUGAAGGUCGUCUUGCCGACGCUUGCUUUAUACACUUCAUUGAAGAAGGAACACCCGCGUACGAGCUCUUUUCUGCGGCCUAUGGGGGUUUGGCUCUAUCGGGGGGCUCUCCCGCAACCGCGACAGAUGGGCUCCUGCGGGUUCACGUUUUUCCGCCCUCACGCCAGGGUUUUCAGCCAUUGGUUCUGCAUGGCGACCUUCUGACGCCUGCAAAACUCAUUGAAACAGUGCGAAUCGCCCACCACGUUCGGCCUCAGCUUAUUACUAGCAUUAAGGACCGCAUCCUCGAUGAGACUCAGGCCAUGAAUCAGGAGCUUCAGCGUGCUCAAGCGCAACAGAAGCACCGGGUAGACUUGCAGAGCAGGUCGCUUCUAUCAACAGGUAUAGCACUCGCUUCGAAGGAGGAUCAAACCUCCCAUGUAGCAGAGGCAUCCCCUAACACGGGACUGAAGAGUGGGGCAUUGUCGUCUCGUGAUGCAGCCGAGGCAAUGGGAAGAAUGCACUUUAUCCAUAUUGACGGUCUCCCUGAGGGACGCAAAAAAAUGAUGCUAACAUCCCCCAGUAUGACUUUGCGCACGGUAUGGUUGGACGUGUCGAAGCAAUUGGAAGCUGCUGCAGAAAAAGAAUCGUUGGAUGGUGCGGCGCGCUUUGCGCCCCUAAAAAAUGCGAAAGCAAAAUUUUACUUGCAGAUUGGCGAGAAUGCUACACUUCAGACGUCCUCCGACGAGACCAGGGAAGUGUAUACGAUUGAAGAGGCCAGUAAGAUUAUCUUGCAGGAUUUUCCGAGCUCCACACGCGUAUUCGUAAAAUCCCUUGAACUCGCGGGGGCGUGCGAUAGUUCGAAUGAAAAGGCCAAAGAUGUGCAAAUGAACAGUAACCAUAGUCGUAUCCGCCAUGACCCCACGAGCAAAAAUGAAGAAAAGGCUGCUUCCAUGAUGACUUGCGACAGCAUAGGAUGCUGCCGCAAAGCCAUUUCUCAGGAAGAAGCUCAGUUCAAGGUGCCAAGAACCGAAGAGGACGAGCAGCAAACUUCAACUGCUGCGGUUCCGGGUGGUUCCCCUCUGGAGCGCUUAAAGGACAGUCCGAACGAUGAAAAUAGGCAACUUAAAGAAAAUAAAGAGGUUGCCUCAUCUGUGAGUUACAGCAGCAUUGAUAUUCGCUGUAGUCUCGCAGAUGGGCGUACCGAGACGAUAUCAGGCUUGAAUCCUGAGGUGGAUACUCUGAAUACAUGUGUGCGUCCAGCUAUCGUGCGGCAACUCGGCCACAAUAACUUCAUCUUUGCUCGGCCAUAUCCCCCUAAGCGAUUCAGCGUUCAAGAAGAUGAGCUGCGUCCUCUUUCACAAAUUGACCUGACGGUCUCAUCAACGCUACGUGUGAUUCCGUCCUCAGUCGGUCAGAAUCACCAACCCGCUCAGAUAAAAAAUUCCGAACGAGAGACCGGCUCUUCCCAUUUCACCAUACCCACGAGCGUGGCUACGGCGUCAAGUGGAUUUUUUAACCGAAUAUCUCGUCUAUUUCCACGGGGUGAUAUUGCAAGUCGGCACGCGAGUCCAUCAGCUGCGGGCCCAUCAACGCACACCAACACCCAUGUCGCCUCCAGAGAACCCUUUGCCCGACAUCAAGGAAGCACCUCCGGUGGAUUUCAGAGUAUGAGCAAUAUUCUCGCAGCACAGGAAGAAAAAGAGCGCCAAAUGGCCCUAGAGCAGCUUCAGAUGGCGCAGCGAGCCCAACUCAUGGGAUUUCCCUCUUCCCUUGGCUCACGCCACUCAGACCCGGUCGACCAGAAAAAGAAGGCUGAAAAGGGUAAUAAACCCAUGAAUCAUUACUUUGGGGGUGACUCUACCGAAAUGAUAGCGCCGCCUAUGAAUGAUGAGCGCAGUCCGGCAGAAAGUGGGAACGAAGAAAUACAGCACAGCAGUGGGAGUGGGCAAGCAAAGCCAAGAACGCACAUCCCAUUCUCCGGGGCUGGGCGCAGUCUGGCGGACCAGUCCUCAAUACGAGAAUCGGAAGACAGAAAAUCAAAUGAAAUGGGCAAAAAAAAAUCUUAG